UUUCUACCCGGUCGGGUUACGCAGAGGGACCGAGGCAACAUGACGGCGGUGGAUGAAAACACGGUUCAGACUGCGGGAGAAGGAGCAGAAAAUGACGAAGAGGCCAAACUACAGCUGUUAAAAGGUGCAGCCUUUCUGACCACGGUGGCGUCUGCAGGGAUGAUGGCAGGAUUUGGCUCCACGCUGGCGCUGGCCAAGAAGAAGAGCCCGGAGUGGUUCAGUAAGGGCGUGGCGGCGACGACCGCGGCCCCGGAGAGCGGCGCCUCUCUGGCCCUCAGAGCUCUGGGUUGGGGCUCCCUGUACGCCUGCUGCGGCGUCGGCCUGCUCAGCUUCACCGUGUGGAAAGUCCUCGGCGUUCACAGCUUACCAGAGUUCAGACGGAAGAUGCAGUCCUUCUUCCCGUCCAUCCCAAAGACCCCAGAACCCGCAGCUGGAUCUGAACCCGUGGACUGGGACGCCGUCUUCAAGUCAAAGUGAGCUGCUGCCGGAGGACCAAUCAAACGAGACGACAGAGAGACACUGAAAACACUGCGGAGAGACUCUGAGAAACCUCCGCUGGCGUGUUUCUGAAGAGCGGCCGAGACCGGAGAGUCUGGGUCCUAGUCCUGGUCCUAGUCGUGGUCCCAGGUCUGGGUCCUGGUCCCAGGUCCCUCCUGGUUGUAAAUAUUUGUGGGUUUUUAAAAGAAGCAGAACUGAAAACAUGUUGAAUUCUGUCUGAUGUGAAUCGUGAUGAACUGAAGUCCAGACCUGGUCUGUAAAGGUCAGAGGUCACGGUGACGCGUUGGCUUGAUGUAGGACGUCAUGGCGUCUAAAAUAAAGUGUUUCAGCCGUUCUGUGUCUCAGCUGGAGGAACAAGUUCAGUCUGAACACACGAGCCCUUUAGUGGAGCUUUCCGCCACAUCACAUGAUCUUCCUCAGCAGACAGACGGCGUCCUGGUUGGUGCUUGAAUUUCCUGUUUAUUUUGGAAGCACUUAAAGUAAAAAGGCAACAACCAGGACGCCGUCUGUCUGCUGAGGAAGACCAUGUGAUGUGGCGGAAAGCUCCAGGUAGAGACUCGACGAACAUCUGAGCGUCACUUCGACGCAGAAACUGUUUGUUGUGACGACUUUAUGAAGUUAUUAAAAGAUUAUUAAACCAAG